AUGAUCGGAUAUAUCUACCGCAUUAUCCACCUUGAGAGUGACAUCCAAUACGUUGGAAGUACGUUCAAUGAGCCACGCAAGCGUUGGCAAGCACACAAGUCUGCAUUUGUACGAUGGACCAAAGACAAUCAAGGCACCGUUUCCAUCUUUCCUUACUUUCAAGAGUAUGGCAUCGAUCAGUUCAAGCUGAUUCCAAUCAAAAGCUAUGAUGUAGCUGAUCGCAAAUGUCUUAUAGCUAUGGAACAACUUUGGAUCAGCAAACUUCGGUGUAUUAACAAAAAUAACCCAUUUUGUAUUAAAAAGCUUUAUAAAAAACAUUUAUAUACAGCCAAUAAAGAAUCUGACAAAGAUCGCACGGCACUGAAUGCCAAACAGAAGAUUUAUAACAAGGCUAAUGAAGACAGUAUCAAAGCUCGUAGAAGACAAAAAUAUCAGUGUGAAUGCAGCGGUCGCUAUAGCUACGGUUGUAAGACAGCUCACCUUAAAACGAAGAAGCAUCAACGGUGGUUAAAUGCUCAAUAA